AUGAGCUAAGAAAAUAAAAGAAAAGAGAUUAUCUUAAAUAAUAUUCUAUAUUUAGCUUAAAAAGACUCAAACACAAAAUAAAGCUAAAGAAAUGUUCUCAAUAAAUGGUUUUAAGACGCUGUUAAGAGCUAUAUUAUGGAAUCUGUUGCAUCUCCUUUGAUAGCUGAUUCUUUAAGACUCCAUUCUUCAUUAUAAGUGAAAAACUUUAUAUGUAGUCAAACUAACAAAAAUAAAGUCAAAUACAUGGCAACCAUUGAAUAAUACUUUUAUUUUAUUAACAAAUUUAACUAAAAUGACCUUUUCAUAAAAAAACUAAAAUAAAUUAUUUAUAGCCCCGUAGAUAUUACUCAAUACAAUAACGAAUUAACUUACAACACUUAAAAGCUUGUUAGAAAAUAAUUUGUGUGUUUUUUGAUCUUGAAAUAUUUUGAAAUAUAUGGCUAAUAAGAAUUCGCAUCAUUUUACGAAUUAUGGAACAUCUGCUUUCCUCAAUAAUUACAAACUAAAAAAAAGCUUUCAAAAUAUGAUAAGAAGGUGGAAAAUAAAUAAACAAAAAGGUAAUAUAGAAAAAAAAUCAGUCAAGAUGAUUCAUCUCCCACUUCUUCUAAUAACUUGAGCGAAAAUACUACUCAUUUAGUUGAUUAAGAAUAUUGUUUCUAAAAUUAAGACUCUUUUACUAAAAUGAUAAGUUUAAACGAUCAAGAUAGUUUAAAUUAAUCUUAAACAAAAUUAUCUGAAUAAGAUAGUAGAACCUAUUAAACUGAUUUUAGUUCUUAUAAACAACCCAUUAAUAAUAGAAUAUAUGAAGAAGAAACCCAUGAUAUAGAACCUGUGAGUUAUUUUCUUUAAUUUAAUAACAAUGAUGCUUUAAGUUAAAACUAAGAAGAACUUGCUAAUCAACAGGAUUUAUAAGCAAAUAACUUCAAAUAUCAUGAAAAUUAAUAGUAAUUAACCUAAAUUUACUUAAAAUAAGAAUACGAUUAUUAAUAAAAUUAUGAUAAUAGUAUUUACUUUGAUAAUAAUUAUUAAUAUUAUACUCAUUAACAAUAAAAUAAUAAUGAAUUCAUAAAUUAACUUAAUAAUAAUUAAUAAUGUUAUUAAUUCUAUUAAUAAAUCUGA